AGAAAAGAGAGAGAGAGAGAGAGAGAGAGAGAACGAGAUGCAACGCCGAGGUCUCAUCUCGAUCACCAAAUCCCUAGUCCACCCGAAAUCCCCAAUUCAUCUUUAUCGAUCCAUCUCUUCCACGGCGACCCUUCUUCAAACCCUAGAUUCGUCGCCCUCUCCUCAAUCUCCAUCUCCGCCUGCUCCGCCGCGAACCCUCGCUGAGCUCCGUCGUCGCCUCGCUGCUGACUCUCCCGCGCUUACCGACUUCGUCUAUUCCGUUGAGGUCGGAACGAAGAAGAAGCCCUUGCCUAAACCCAAAUGGAUGAAGGAGACCAUCCCUGGUGGUGCCAAGUAUGCGGCCAUCAAGGCCAAGCUCAGGGAGCUCAAGCUUCAUACUGUUUGCGAGGAAGCGAAGUGUCCUAACCUCGGUGAGUGCUGGUCUGGUGGCGAGACUGGCACGGCCACGGCGACGAUUAUGAUUCUUGGGGAUACGUGUACGCGAGGUUGCAGGUUUUGCAAUGUGAAGACAUCAAGAACUCCUCCCCCACCAGAUCCCAAUGAACCCUCAAAUGUUGCUGAAGCAAUUGCCUCAUGGGGUCUGGAAUAUGUCGUGAUUACCAGUGUUGAUCGAGAUGACUUACUUGAUCAAGGAAGUGGUCAUUUUGCAGAGACAGUGCAGAAACUGAAGAUUUUAAAGCCAAAGAUGCUAAUUGAAGCACUUGUUCCUGAUUUUCGAGGAGAUCCUAGCUGUGUUGAGAAAGUUGCCACUUCUGGAUUAGAUGUCUUUGCUCACAACAUUGAGACUGUCGAAGAACUGCAGGGUUCAGUGCGAGAUCACCGUGCUAAUUUUAAGCAAUCAAUUGAUGUUCUUAAGAUGGCAAAAGAUUUUGCUCCUGCUGGUACUCUUACAAAGACCUCAAUAAUGUUGGGUUGUGGCGAAACACCUGGUCAGAUAAUUAGCACAAUGGAGAAAGUGAGAGCAGCUGGUGUUGAUGUCAUGACCUUUGGUCAGUACAUGAGGCCUUCAAAGCGGCAUAUGCCUGUUUCAGAAUAUGUGACACCUGAAGCUUUUGACAAGUAUCAAUCUCUUGGCAUGGAAAUGGGUUUCCGAUAUGUUGCAUCUGGUCCUAUGGUCCGGUCCUCAUACAAAGCAGGCGAGUUUUAUAUCAAAUCAAUGAUCGAAGCCGACCGAGCUGCAUCUUCCUCACAUUCCGAGCCAUAGUCAUAAAAUUUUUAUCCAAUUCACACUCAUAAUGUUGUUUUGCUGAAAUUUUAUUGUGAUCCAAAUAUUAUUUUUCACAUCAAUGUUUCUGCACAUCAUUUGAUGUGUGUAAAUGUAUUUAUUCCAGACAAGACUGAGAAUGCAUUCCAUUGUGAAUCUGUGAUGUAUAUCUAUAGUUAAUCUAAGGUGGAAAUAAUAAAGCUGCUGUUCUUUGAUUUUGCA